GAAGAAUCCUCUUUGCAGAUCCCCAGCUGACGGAACCCUGUGACAGAUCCAAGUUCGUGCAGACGACUCAGAGGGAACAAAGUGAUUGAGGGAUGUGAGAAAGUGCCUUUUGCAUUUUAUGAAGUUCCUUUCGACCACAUACCGUUUCAGACAAAAGAAGGUGUUUCUUUCAGAGCCGCGUCGUGGCAGGCGGUGAGACACAAGAUGCCAACAUCACUCGUUCCUCGUUUCUCGCGUCUCUUGCACGCGGUUUCGUGUUUGUUUCUUCUGCUCGCAACAAGUAUACCUUCCAGUGACGCGCAAACAUUGACCAGUAUCGCGCCACGGGCAGCCUGCAACGCAGACGUGCAGUGUUCCGGUACUCAAGGGAGAGUUUAUCUGAUCUUUGCAUGCAGAAUUCCUAGCGGUCCACCUCGUGGGAUAGCGAUACUACAGUGCGUAACACAAUACAGCAAAAUUGCAACUUGUAAAAAAGAAAAAGAAUCUCCACACCUAGGUAAAGGAAAAUGCGGCCCGGUUGGCGGUGGCGACCUGUGCAUUUGCAAUCCCUUUUGGGAGGGCAACAAUUGCAACCAGCAGAUACGGAACAUUGACAUUGAGUACGAGGCUGGAGUCAUGUCCGGUGGCCUUGCGGGGAUCGUAAUCGGCAGUCUCAUCAUUAUCCCGCUCUCGACCGGGAUCCUGCUGUAUGCGAUGCACAUAAAAGACUGCUUUGACGACUGAGCAAGGCGGAGGUUUAUCUUUGCAGCGCUGCAGCAGAAAUGGUUGAUGUGAAUCUAGGAGUAGUUGUGAAGGUAGCCAGAUCAUGAAGAUGUCCGGCGCGGAAGAAUCGCGGGCCGUCUUGCAAAAGCGAACGCAUGACGUGCCGCGCGCGCGAGAAAGAGCUUUCGUGUCUGUGAAUCGCCGGCCGGACAGGCGGUUUGCAGCACAACCGCGCACUUCACGUCGCAGUAAAGGUUCUGUGGCGUUCGCGUCUUGUUCUCCCAUGAUUCACUGGAAAAUUAUGCCUGCUCUUGAAUAAGUACAGCGUCC